GAUUCGUUUUUGGCUUCUCGUGAGUGUCGGGGUGACUUCUGAUGGAACAAAUAAUGGGAAGCUUCGGGGGUUUGAAUUGAAGAUUUUAGGAGAUGAUUUAUGGGGUGAUAAUUACGGUUUUGAUGCCUGCAACUGGAAGAGAAAGUUUCAGUUAUCAUCAAGAUUAUCGUUGGAGUCGAUUUAAUAUUUCUUCUUGAAACGAAUUGACUUCUGUCUAUUUAAUAAUUGUUGAGAACUCGAUUAGAUAACAAUUUGGGUGAAUCUUGAGAGUUCCUUCGUUUUUAUACGAGUUUUGAAAAAUGGAGGGAAAUAGAGUCGAGAGUAAUGCUGGAUUUAAUGAGACGGGCGAGAGCAAGAAGAUUGAAGAUAAAUUGGGACUCACUACUACCGAAGCCUUAGAGAUUCUACACAGCGAAGUGGCGAGGGUUUUGAAGGAUUAUGAGGCAGAUUGCACAAAGAAUAAAAAAUACAGAGGAUGGCUAAAGGAUACAUUGCAUCAUAGAAGUCAAUACACAACACUCUGUUGGACAUCAGCAAUAGCCCUGAUUAUUAAUGCUAUCAGCCUCAUCCUAUCUUCGUGUUUUAAUGUUAAUGAUCCAAGGUAUUCUACACUUCCAUACGAAGGAGUCAUAGUCUUGUGUUUCGUAGUAUUAAAUUUCAUAUUAGUUUUAUCCGACAACAUUCUGAGGCAUAAGGAAAUAUCCCAUCGUGUAAGGAUACUGUUGAAAAAAUUGGAAGCCGCUCGUGACACAUGCAAGUGGAAUACAGAUAAUUAUCCCCAUCUGUGCAGUCCACUCUCUCCAUGCGUAACACUCCAGUGGACGUAUAGAGACGGUUCGAUUGUCAAUUUACCCUGGGCUUUGUUGGUUACUGGUGACAUAAUUGUCAUUAGGCCCGGCCAACAAGUCCCUGGGUACUGUGUGCCAUAUGACGACACAGAGGCUCCAAUUCUCCACGCCAAAGAAGUGUACAGUCUCCCAGUUCACGGUGGUCACGAGAUAUUCUCCUCUCCUCGGGCACGAACUCCCCUGAAGAACAAGAUCUACAAGCUCCAGGAGACUCCAUACCUGACGAAUCUUCAAAUGGCUCUCGAUCAAGCGUUGGACCGGUCAGUGACUUACCACAAUCGCGAACGGCACCUAGUUAUGAUCUGCUGCAUCGAACAAUUGGCCUAUCCUAUUCUCCUCAUCAUCGUGCAAUUAGUGAAUUUACUCCGUUACCUCUACUUCCACCAGCAGUUUGGAAGUGGUCAUUGGACUGAACUGUUUAUGCUUCAACCCAUAGCAGUGACACUUCCCCUCUUGCCCAUUGUUUUUCCCAGUUUGUGGAUUAUACUCAAUUGCUUCGGUAUGGCGAGGUUCAAGGCCCUCUUCGAGUUGUAUCAGACAUCGAAAAAAGUACCAUUUAUUGAUCCGUUUGAAGAUACUGAUAUUUCAGGUUCUAAUAGCCCCGAAGUUGUUUAUAAUUGGGGUGAACUCACAGAAAAUUUCUUUGGAAUCCUUUUUGGAAGGGAGUAUAUGAUGUCAAGGUCUGCCAGUAUUCUUCAUGUUUUAGGAUCUGUUACGGCCCUCUCCUGUGUUGACAAGAAAGGAAUUCUCUCCUGGUCGAAUCCCACAGCUGAGAAAGUAUUCUUUCUUCGCAAUGCCAGUACGUUAUCUAGAGAUUCUAGCACCAUGAGCUUAGAUAAACAGUCGGAUCCACCUAAGACUAGUGACUCCAGUAAAAAUGAGUCGAAUAAAACGAUGUAUGCGCACCAUGACAUGUCUCACUCAGUAGCCGAAGUUCUGGACUUAACCCAUGACCAUGCGCUCCCCUUUCGUCUCCAGUUUGACGAUCAAUCAUGGAGACAACACCUGAAUUCUCUCAAACCUUUGGGCCUUGCAAUUCUUCUCAACACGUGCAAUAUGGAAACCCAGGAGCAUUACUCUCAGUUCUGCUGUCACGUAACGUGUGAAACUCUUUACAACGAAAAUUUAGUCCCUGUGACUAAUAGGCGGUGUCUCUGUGAACUUGCCAAGCAAAUUGGAUUUCAGGAUCAAGCACAAGAAAUUUUUCAAUUGGAACAGCAGUUGUCAACGUUUAGACACGUGCAACCAGAAAUGGUCCGAAGAGAUAUAAAAUUUGCUCGUUCGCUGAGUAUUGCCACAAAACUAAAAUUUCCCUUUCCCCACAUGGUAGCAGUUGUAGUUAAAGAGAAAGGAGGGGGUGGUCUACAAUUAUUGACACAAGGAACGGCUGACAUAAUUCUAGAUUCUUGCAUAGAAUUCUGGGAUGGGCAUGAUCUCUGUCCCCUGUCACCAACGGAUCGAAAAAAAAUACUUGAUUUUUAUCAGAGAACAAGCUUAACUUCCUAUUGCACAGCAUUUGCCUACAGACCUUUGAUUCGGGGGAUGAAUUCAAAGCUGUCCAACAUUUAUCUCGAACUGCCUUCAGACAGUAAACAUCUUUAUGCACCUCACCGAAGUCCUACGCCUUUGCCCUGGGAUUUCAAAAAUGUUUUGGAUCCGAGAGUUAAGGGACUUCUGGGACAAUUUCAUUCGACAGACUCUCUCUUAUGCAGCGAAACAAAAGAUGCAGAGGUAAACGAUGUGGAAAGUUGUUUUGAACUGCAGUGUAAUCAAAUAUUUAUAGGGAUGGUGACAAUGCAGUACCAAGCCCAAGCAGAUAUGGUACAACUGAUUGAACAAUUAGAAAGAGCGUGCAUAAGAUUCGUUCACUUCAGCAAGGAAAAUGAAUUGCGUUCACGGGUAUUCUCGGAGAAGAUGGGUCUUGAAAGCGGAUGGAACUGUCACAUUUCAUUACUCAGCGAAAGAGCUAGGUCAGAGAGUCCCGUGGACUGGUGGGUAAGCCAGGCGGCUGCCAUGUCCUCACCUACACCGUCAACUCAAUCACAUCAGUAUAAUCAUUCCUGCAUGGACGAGGCCAGCCAAUUGUUUAAUCGCGUUAAUCCGCGCUCGAAUCUGGAUACAAGCAGGGCGAUGAGUAUGUCAGCACCCAGUGCGAUAAACACAGAUUUUUGCACUGUUAAAUUCGACGAUGAUGCGACCGAGUGGCACAAUCCGGAACCUUCACAAGCAAAAAGUGCAAUGAGCCAUAGCUUAAAUUAUACCGCAGAUAAUGGAAAUGCUGGAGCACCACUACUCCCAGAACACGACACGGUAAGGAGUGAGGAUAGUGUUCUGGUCCAAAGUGUGGAUUUAGGCUCUGGUCAGGAAGCAUGGAGAUCACUCAGUUGUUUGACAGACAGUACUGAACAAAGUGCUCCAGUUAAUUUUGAUCUAUCCAAUAGGGCAAAAUUACCUAGGGGAAUCGAUAAAAUUCGGCCUCACCUAGAAUUAAUAGAUAAUGUACCUCUGCUGGUAUCUCUAUUCACCGACUGCAAUACUGCAGUUACCAGGGAAAUGCUUCACAUAAUGCAGGAUUAUGGUGAAGUUGUUUGUGUUCUGGGAUCAUCAGCCAACGCCGAAAAUAUGUCUAUAUUUAUGCAAGCUGAUGCAGGCGUUGGUGUGGAACCUCUCUACCCCCAAGUUUGCCAAAAAAUACCUGUGAUGACCAACACCAAAGAAGAACAGGGUCCCUCACCAGUGGAAUUGAGUCGUGCGCUCAAUUGUAUAGCUUGUUCGCUAAGUGUUAAAAGAGAAGAUCCAAUCGCCAUUUUUCAUCUCAUUAUGGAGGCCCGAGAUUAUAUGAAGUGCUUAUGGAAUUGUGUUCAAUUCUGGCUGUGUUGUGUUGUCACGCUGUCGUUAGUUCAAGCAUUAUCAGAUUUUUUAAUGCUGCCCCCACUACUCUCUGUUGGUCAAACACUUUGGCUCAUAUGUUUAAUUAUCCCGUUGCUGUCGGUGUCAAUGAUAGCAACACCCACCGAUCCAACGAUAAUGCAAAGAGCAACAGGAAAGAAUCAGUGCGCUGUCACCGGAGAGGUUGCAUUAUUUGUUCUAUGGUGUUACGGCUGUAAAUUUUUGCCGACAAUUGUAACUAUAAUCUUGUGCCAAUUACUCAUGUAUAUGAUUCUCUGUACAUAUUACGUGAAAGAAGAAUCUCAGUGUUUUUAUAUUUAUCCUGAUACAUCGAGUGAAGUUUACUGGGGCGGAUGGAGUAAUGAGCCAAAUAUUAUUAUGUUGGCGCAACAUAUGGCUCUAACAUUGCUUGUCUUACAUUUUGUGAUGAUAUCCAUGAGCUUUGUACAUAGAGAGUAUUCAAUUUGGAGGAGAUGGCCUUUCAAUAAUUGGCCUUGGUGUUUAAAUGCAUUUAUUGUUCUAGCAUUGCAGGCAAUAUUUUCGGGUAAUUUAUUGUACAGUAUAUUGAAGGAAGAACAACAGAAAGAUGAGAAUUUCCCCAUUCACUUGCCAUUAUUUUUCUUCAUAUCGCUUCCAAUCGUUUGUUCCACCAAUGAACUAGUUAAGUGGCAAGAGAUCAAAGCCAACGUGAGGUAUCAAAAACGGGCUCGAUUAGAAUUUGGGACGAAACUGGGUAUGAAUUCGCCAUUCUGAACAAUUUAGUUAUUGUUCAAUUGUAAAUAGUGAUUCACCCGCUAUCAAAUGAAGCCAAAUAAUUUUAAUUUCAGAAUAAUAAUUCAAUUUCUGAUUAAUUGACUGAAGGGGCCAAAACUUAAUGGUACAUGCAUGAAAGAAAAAAUGAUUGAAAAAUGUGGCAAAUUUGAUAGGACAUUAUACUAAAUUUUUAUAGAAUAUUAUAUUAGUUUUUCGCCGAUUGACAUUUCAUUUUCAACCGAAAAGGUUUUAUAAAAAUAAUUAUCAGAAUUGAAUCUGUUGAUAUACAUCUGGCUUGUGUGAAAUUUUCUAUACGGAUUCUAAUGCCUAAUUUCUUACAUUUAUUUCAGUUUAUUUUUUUUUGCACAAAUAAAAAAGUAUUAAAAGUA